AUGGAUUGUAUAUUUCCAUUUAUUCGCGUUCUUUUUGCUGCUUUGUUUGGCAGAGAUGAUACCAAGUUCAUCGAGAGAAUCGUCAAAGAGAUCUUGACUAUAGUAGGACGAGUACCCUUGAGUGUUGCAAAGUAUCCUGUCGGUGUAGGUAGCCAGGUAGAAAAUGUAAAACCUUUGUUGAGCAUGAGUUCGGAUGAUGUUCGGAUGAUAGGAAUAUGGGGAAUCGGAGGUGUAGGGAAGACCACUAUCGCUAAAGCUGUUUAUAACAGUAUUGCUGAUCAGUUUGAUGGGUGCAGCUUCCUUGCAAAUGUUAGAGAAACUUCCAAUAGACCUGACGGCCUAGUUCAUUUGCAGAAAAAACUGUUAUCCGAGACAUUACGGAAAGAAAAUUUUAAUGUCUUAAAUGUGGAUCAAGGCGCUAAUCUGAUACCAGAUAGACUUUGCUGCAAGAAGAUUCUGCUUGUGCUUGAUGACUUGGAUCAUGGGUACCAGUUAAAUGCAUUAGCUAGAGAAUGUGCAUGGUUUGGAAAAGGGAGCAGGAUCAUUGUUACGACAAGAGAUAAACAUGUACUAACUUCUCAUGGGAUAGAUUGGGUAUAUGAAGUUAGACCAUUAGAUCAAGAUGAAGCUUUUGAACUUCUCAGUUCAUACACUUUUCCAGGAAACCAGACGAAUGACAUAAGCAGUCGUCAUAUAGAUAACAUUUUGGGCUAUGCUAAAGGUCUUCCCUUAGCAAUUGUGGUCUUGGGUCCCUUUUUACGUGGUAGAAGCAGAGGGGAAUGGGAGAGCACAUUGGGUAAACUUGCUAAAAGUCCUAUUAGAGGUAUAAACAGUGUCCUCAAGACAAGUUUUGAUGCGCUGGAGGAGAAUGAGAGGGACGUCUUUCUUGACAUUGCUUGCUUCUUUAAGGGGAGGAAAAGGGAUUAUGUAACUAGAGUUCUUGAUAGCUGUGGUUUACACACAUUAAUUGGGAUUCAGACUCUAAUAGAGAGAUCCUUAGUAACAAUUGAGUAUGACAGCAUAGUACAAAUGCAUGACUUGAUACAGCUAAUGGGUCAGGAUGUCGUUAAAACUGAGUGUCUAGAUGACCCUGGGAGACGGAGCAGAUUAUGGUGCUAUGAUGAUGUUUUUGAAGUAUUGUCCGAGGAUACGGGCACCAAUGCUGUUAAAGGCAUAGUGCUGAACUUGACGACACGAAAAGUGCUAGACAUCAGUCCCAGUGCUUUCACGCACAUGAGGAGACUGAAAUUGCUCAUAAUUCUGAAUGCACAAAUCAGUGGAGGUCCCAUAUGUCUUCCUAAUGAUUUAAGGUGGCUUGAAUGGCCUAGAUGUCCUUUGUCCACUCCUGUAUAUGUUCCAAAGAAACUUGUUUGCUUUCACGUGCCUGACAGCCGGAUUAAGGAAUUUGGAGGGAACUUAAAGCGUUUUAGGAAUUUGAAGUUUCUGAACUUCAACCACUGUAAGUUGCUGAUUUGUGUCCCUGACCUUUCAGAGGUGCCAAAUUUAGAGAUAUUGAACUUAAGUAGGUGGUCAAAGCUCAAGGAGCUUCCAAGCACUUCCAAGCUACUAAUAUUAAUUUGA